AUGGAGGCGAUGGAUGGGACGCAGCCCACGCAGCAGUCAACGCAGAUGACGCAGAAGUUCCUGGUGGAUAAGUUCACACAGGAGAAGAUCAGCGAGCGCAUUGUGGUGCGGAUUAUCUGCACUUCUGGGCAGAACAAGAUCCGGGACCUUGAGGCGGACCCGCAGAAGGUGUUGCGGACGACGUCGUCGAUCAAGAAAGUAUGGACCUUUGGGAGGAACAGCGCCACGUCGGACUACCAUCUGGGGAACAUUGGGCGACUGUCCAACCAACACUUCCAAAUCCUGCUCGGAGAGGACGGGAAUCUGCUUCUGCGAGACACGUCUACGAACGGGACCUGGUUGAACGGGGUGCGGCUGGAGAAGGGGUUGAACCAAGUACUAUCCCAGGGGGAUGAGAUCCGCGUUGGGCUGGGUGUGGCAGCGGACACUGUCUCGUUGGUUGUGUUCAUUAACGAUCGGUUCAAACAGACACUGGAGAGGCUUGCACACGAGAAGGAGUCGGAGUCCACGCGGGAUCAUCAUGACACUGGGCCGGGGACACCAGAUGGCACCCUGACGCGAACUCUGCCACAAUCCGAGGAGCACAGCAUUUUGAGGGACUACUUUAUACAGGACGAGGUCGUAGGUCAAGGUGCGUUUGCGACUGUGAAGAAGGCAAUCGAGACGGCGACUGGGCGGACGUACGCGGUAAAGAUCAUAAACAAGCGGAAAGUAAUGGGGAACCUGGAUGGUGUCACGCGGGAAUUGACCGUCUUACAGAAACUGGACCACCCGAGCAUCGUGACGCUGAAGGGAUUCUACGAGGACAAGGACAAUUACUACAUGGUGAUGGAAUUUGUGUCUGGAGGGGAUCUCAUGGAUUUCGUUGCUGCACAUGGACCAGUCGGUGAGGACGCCGGAAGGGAGAUCACACGGCAGAUCUUGGAAGCCGUGAAGUACAUACACUCCGUUGGAAUCAGCCACCGAGAUUUGAAACCGGACAACAUACUCAUUAAGCAGGACGAUCCAGUCCUUGUGAAGAUCACGGAUUUUGGGUUGGCCAAGAUGCAAGAGCACGGUGCGUUUAUGAACACGUUCUGCGGGACGCUUGCGUACGUGGCGCCCGAGGUGGUCAACGGUAGACAGCAAACGAGUGAGCCCGCUGUGCCGAAAGGCGAACGCAGCCAUUACUCGUCGCUCGUGGACAUGUGGUCGAUGGGGUGUCUAGUUUAUGUGAUUCUGACAGGUCACUUGCCAUUCAGUGGGAGUACACCGCAGCAAUUGUACGAACAGAUCGGGAAGGCGUCGUACCACGAGGUGCCCCUGAAGGACUGCCGUAUAUCUGACCAGGCGCGUGAUUUUAUAGACUGUCUGCUGCAAGUGGACCCAAACAACAGACUCUCUGCUGCAAGAGCGUUGGAACAUCCAUGGAUCCAGAUGGCGUACCUGGGUUCGCCCUUCGAUGGUGCAUCACCUCCAAUGGUGAUGGAACCGGAAUCGUCGUUACCGUCACAAGUAUCGCUAAUGGAGUCCACGGAAAACCAGUCGCAGUUACAGAAGCUGGAUGAGGAGAAGUACGAGGCGGUGAAGGCCGAGCGGGACGCACAGUUUGAGCAACUUCUGGCGAUGUCGAGAAGCCGACAGGACAACGGUACCAAGCAACCUUUCAAGAAACCACUGGGUGCUCCUGAACGGUUCACGAGGGACGCAUUCAUCUCGCAGCAGUAUACCCGCGAACGACCGGCCCCACAGGCUCGUCAGAGAGGGUACGGCACUCAACCGACGAAACCGGCCGCUACUGGCACUAACACGGGGAGGUUUUUGACGCUGGUGCCCACAUCUUUGAGUUACGCGCAGGAGAAGAUCGCUGUGACACAGGGUCUUUCGACUUUCUUCAUUGGAAGGUCGCACCACUGCAACUACGUACUGAACAACCCGCUGCUGUCCCGGGUGCACUGUUUCCUAUUGAAGAAGCGGCACCCUGUCGGUGGGAGCAUCAACGAGGCUCCCGCAGCCGGUCUAGAGGACCUAUGGUACUGCCACGUCGGGAGCAACCCGUGCCAUCUGAACGGCGCCAAGAUCGGCCCAGGACAGAAAUGCCUGCUGUACGACGGGGACGUCUUAAAGAUCCUGAACGACGAGCAGUCAAAGUUACAAGGCCGGCUCUUCGAGAUCCGAGUGCAGAUUGACGACCCAACGGGGCUGUACAACGACGGCCAGGCGAGCGUGGGCGACUCACAGCGUCGUCCACGGGAAGUGACCCCACAGACAGCAGAGGAGCGCGGUCUCGUCACGCGGCUGAACCGCAUGAUGGCUACAGCAAACGCAAACCCGCGCAGUGUGCCACGGGAACACCACUACGAAUCCACCAGCGACGACCCCGAGCAGAGAAACUCUAUUCCGACCUCGCCGCCGCUAAAACGGGCCAAACUGAACCCAACGACGCGCACCUCGAGCAACCUGCAGUUCGCCUCUUCGGGGUGA